GUGAGGUACAAAUUGUACUUUUCUUUUGCUUGUCACAAACUAAGUGAAUUCUACUGAGUGACAAGGACAGCUGGAGUGUCUUUCAUACCACCUUUGCAUAGGUUUUGUUUAUGUUGUAAAUUGUGAGCUUAUGGAAAUUCAGCACUGAAUGGAAAAUAGAGGAUUUUGUUACAGUACAGUAUAGCUUAAUUUGCUAAUUUGAGCCCUGUGUUGUGAAGAGACAUGAAGGCUCUGUUUGGACUGUUGGUGAUGUUAGCAGGCGUGUCUCAUGGAAUGGAGACCCACUGUGAUGCAACACUGGAUGGAGCUCAGUGUUAUGGAGCUCUGGGAGGAACUGUCUCUCUCCAGCUGAUGACCAUUGACACCCCAGUGUCCUCUCUUCAGCUGUCCUCUCAGUGUCUGACCCAUGGAGAGAUGAGGGUGACCUGCUCCUCUGAGGGGGAUGGUCCUCAGUACAGCUGGACUCUGGACGGACACACACAGAGAGACACUGAGGCCUCUCCUGGUGACCAGACAAACACCAUGACACUGAAGAGAGGCCUGUCAGGAGAUCUCACCUGCACUGUCAAAAACCACAUCAGCAGUGUUACUGUGAGCAAAAUCAUCUCCCCCUGUGAGGACAUCAUAGGGAUGGUAGCAGGGUAUCUGACAGGCAUAGUCCUUGUCCUAGUGAUGGUGUUGGCAGUUUACUGUGUCCAGAAGAAAAAUGAACCUCCAAAGACUCCAGGUUAG